ACCCAUCAAAAGUUGAAAACCAUCGUGACUUUGAUAAACGUCAAAUAAAAAUAAUCCUUCAGUAUUUUUUUACAAUCGAAAACAAAUAACCUUCGAGGUUAAUUAAAAUCAUUAUUUAUGAGUAAUAAGGUCGAACAAAACCAGUUUUCAUGCUUAUUCUCAACACACUUACGAUUCUACUACAAGUGGCCUUUAUAGUGUCUAUGUCAUUGCUGUCCAUGAAUAUUAUCCGUUAUUUCACUGGUGGUGUUAAAAAGAUGGCUUUAUUCGCUCCUGCUAUGUUCGUAAACCAUGGGGGAGGCCCCAUGCCUCUUCUGGGAGACAAGGACCACGCAGGACUGACGAAUUUCCUUCGCGACGGAGUGCAAAAACAUUUGAACUUGAAAGAGGUCAAGGCGAUUAUAUUAGUGACUGCUCACUGGGAGGAGAAGGUGGUAACAAUAUCUUCAGGUGAACACCACAACCUUUACUUCGAUUACUAUGGAUUUCCGCCAGAAACUUACAAAUAUAAAUACGACGCGCCCGGAGAUCCAGCUCUUGCCGAGCGCAUUCAUCACACACUCAAAAAGGCGGGAAUCAGUUCAAAAUUGGAUUCCAAAAGAGGUUGGGACCACGGAGUAUUUGUGCCUAUGAUGUUAAUCAACCCGUCAGCCAGUGUUCCUAUAGUACAAAUUUCUGUACUUUCAAACCAGGACCCAGAACAGCAUUAUAAUUUAGGAAAAGCGUUAUACGAGUUUAGAAAAGAGGGCAUAGCUAUAUUAGGUUCAGGAAUGUCCUAUCAUAAUAUGAGGGAAUUCAUGAUGAGUAUGUCUCAAUCUGUAGUUAAUAAAGAUUUUGAUGAAUUUUUAAAUAAAGUUUGUACGGCAGAGAGUGAAGAAGCGAGGAAAGAAGGUUUACUAUCCUGGAGACAGCAGAAAGGUGCUACGGAGGCUCAUCCGAUGCGUGCAGCGGAACAUUUUAUGCCGUUAAUAGUUAUUGCGGGUGCAGGCGGCUCGAAGCCUGGAGAGAGAAUUUUUAACUGGGAUAUGGGUGGGAAAUUCAGGUUAAGCGGAUUUGUAUGGAAAGAGGAAUAAGUUAUCGGCAAAGGUGGGCAUUAACUUGUUAAUUGUUAAUUAAUGAAGUCAACCAACAGAUAAACUUUUACAGCCCGGUUGUUCGUACGUUACGGUAAAGUCAAAGUCAAAUUUGACCGAUGUCAAUUUUGACCACGGUUUAUUUGACGUAAUUAUUAUGAAAUUUUAACAUUUGUUAAACUAACUCGUAUUUCAACAACGCUUUUUGUAUUUAAACACUGUUAAUUUUACUGUAACUAGAGUUUAACCUUGACGUAACUGAGCUUCAAACAACCGGGCAUUAGUUAAGUUCAAAAAUGGUUAAUGGUCUUGUUAACUUCUGUUAAAUGGUCAAAGUUAACUUAUUAAUUAACGAUAAACAAAGUUAACUUUGUGAUUAACUAUGCCUACAUAUGGUAUGCUUUUCUAGUUAGUUAGAAUCAGCAUUUAAAGUUUUGAACCAUUGUUAACGCUUUUAUUUUCGUGAUCAUGAACUGAUGGUAUUAUGUUUUUUGGGUAAUUAAAGAUUCUAUUCUAUUCUAUUUUUAUUUAUGGCAAUCCAUGUCGAUGCAAACGUCGACGAUUCUGCCAAUGACAAGUGGAAUGAGAAGCAAUCUUGUAUCAAGGAAUGUGCCAAGUUGUAAAAAAAAAGUUUUUUUGUGAGUGAGUUUUGUGGUCUGUGUAGCCAGCUUGAAAUUUCAUUAUAACAGCAAUUUCAAUGCAAUGAAUAACUUGAAACUUAUUUUUUCUGUUAUAAAGCCAAUUUUAAAUAAUAAUAAUUUAUCUUCAUAAAUUGGGAUAAGGGUAUGAUGAUGAAUUUGUUCAUAUGAAAAGAAGCACAAAUUAAAAUGUACCUAUUCUUUAGCAAUAAUAUAAUUUUAAGAGAUAAAUGAGUAUUUUAUUAUAACAUACCUCUGUAAACUAAUUUAAGCAUAAGUAAUUUAUUUUUAAUUAUUUUAAUAAAAGGUUACAUUAUUUA